AUGAGCUUACAAAACGUCAUCCUUCCUCUACAAGACCCAUCACAACAAUGGGACAUACAGAUAGAAGCGGGCGUCGUAUCGUCCAUGAAACCAUCUGGCAAACCUUCUCCAAACCCCAGUCUCUUACUCCCCUCUCUCUGUCAUCCGCAUAUCCAUCUCGAUAAACCAUACCUUUUAACCUGCAAUCACUCUUCUUCUGACAAACACCCGGACUAUUCGGACCUUGUUCCAAAAUCAGGAAGCUUUGGCGAAGCCUUGUCCAACACGGCCGAAGCAAAGAAACGUUACACCGCAGACGACCUGUACCUGCGAGGGUCUCAGCUCCUCACCACGAGCUACACACAAGGUGUAACAUGUGUUAGAGGCUUUGUUGAACUUGACCAUGUCACGCAACUAGAGCCUCUGAAAACAGGGCUUCGGUUGAAGAAUGAAUUUGAAGGGUUUGUCGAUUUGCAGAUUUGUGCUUUUGCCCAGGAUCCGAUCUUCUCAACUGAGCACGGAUAUGAGAAUCGAAAUAUCCUUAUAAAAGCCCUGGAAGAGUUUGGAUCGUCGAUCGAUGCCCUAGGGACCACACUGUAUGUGGAAGAGAAUGGGGAUUUGGAGAAAAAGAACAUACAAUGGGCUAUUCAAACAGCACUGACGUACAACCUGAAUCUCGACUUCCAUACAGAAUUCAACCUCAAGCAAGGUGAUGCUAUGGAAUUGUUCAGUUAUACUGUCGACCAACUCGUUGCCAAUAACUGGCCUACCUACUCUGGCGCCCCAACCGUCGUUCUCGGACAUGCCACAAGACUAACACUAGCGUCUCACAAAGAGCUACGUCAAUUUUCUGAAAGACUUCAAAAGACGAAAUUACCGGUUCACUUUGUCGGAUUGCCUACUAGCGACGUCUUCAUGAUGGGUCGGCCAAUAUCUGAUGAGUUAUCAGAGCAGGACACGCCACUUAGCCGCCAAUGUGGCACACUGCAUGUACCCAAGAUGAUCCAAGAAUAUGGACUGAAGGCGUGUUUGUCUGUAAACAACGUUGGCAAUGCAUUCACUCCAUAUGGAACUGGAGACCCUCUUGGGAUAGCGAGUUGGGGCGUUGGACUCUUUCACGCGGGUAAGACUGAUGAUGCAAAACUGCUCUAUGAAGCUGUCAGUACUCGUGCGAUGGAUGCGAUUAAACCUUUGGAAGUCAGUCACGAGACAAAUAGUCGCGUUGAAGAGAAGAAAAAAUUCAUGUCUAUGAUUCUGUUCAAGAAUGAGGAGAAUAUGAAUAUUAAAUCGCCACAAGGGAAGACAAUACAAGUGCCCGCUCGACAGCGGCUGUCUGUCAAAGACAUUGUCUGGGAUCCACCAGAGACAAGACUCAGAAGCAUAAUUAGAUAG